GCCUGCCUGAAUACUAGGUAGCCCCGAGCCUGUUCUUGUAACCGCACAGGUGAGUCUCACUAGCUGACGUUCAAAGUGAGUCCGAGCAUCGACGAAGCGACACCAUGGAGAAGAAAUUGCCUCUUGUGCAAAAUCAGCAGCCUCGCGGGCCAGGACACCGCGUAUGGCUGCGUGCUCUCAUUGCUACAGUGAUACUAUGCCUUGCCAUCGGCGGCUGGUUUCACAGCCCACAAACACCAUUGGCCUUCAGUAGUGACAUCGCAUCAAAUCGCGCCAAGCCAGAGUCGAGAUGUCUUCAGCCGUCUGCCCUCUUUCCAUCCGGCGGAGAGUGGCUGGACUACAUGUACGAAUUCAUUUCCACUCCAACCUUUGAAAACGCCUCCGUUCUCCGACUAUCGGGUGCUGUGCAGGUCCGUACAGAGAGCUUCGACGAUUUAGGUGAGAUCGGGCAGGACAAGAGAUGGGAUGUAUUCUAUGGGUUCCACAAUUACCUCAGAGCCGCUUUCCCUCACAUUCAUGAGGAGCUCAAGGUGGAGAAGGUCAACACGCACGGUCUGCUUUACACAUGGCCUGGCUCCGACGAGAAACUCAAGCCGCUGGUAUUGAUGGCACACCAGGAUGUUGUUCCAGUGGAGGAGAAGACCGUCGAUUCAUGGACUUUCCCACCAUGGAGUGGGCACUUUGAUGGGAAGAGCAUCUGGGGCAGGGGAUCAAGCGAUUGCAAGAACUUGCUGAUCGGUAUGAUGGAGACGGUAGAACUCUUACUGCAGGCUGGCUUUAAGCCAAAAAGGACAAUUGUCCUCUCCUUCGGGUUUGAUGAAGAAUGCAGUGGAUACCAAGGCGCAGGACACCUUGGUCCUCAUCUGCUCGAGCGCUAUGGGCAUGAUGGCGUAGCAGCAGUGGUUGAUGAGGGCGAAGGCUAUCUUGAGGCAUUCGGGCGCGGGUUUGCAGUGCCCGGAGUUGCAGAGAAAGGAUACGUCGAUGUCGAAAUCGUGGUACGCACCCGAGGUGGACAUUCUUCCAUCCCUCCAGACCACACGAGCAUUGGUAUCUUAAGCGAGCUCAUCACCAGUAUUGAAGCACAACAAUAUAAGACAUUCCUGGACGAUGCCAACCCUUUCCUAGAGUUUCUCUCCUGUGGUGCCGAGCAUGCACCAGAAUUCCCCAAGAAGCUGAAGAAACUUCUCAAGGAGCGAAAUCGCCCAAAGAAAUGCAAGGCUCAACCGGACCACCUCGCCCUUGAGGCGGCUAAGAUCAGUAAGGCAGCCAAGUACCUUAUGCAAACAUCUCAAGCAGUGGACGUCAUCGGAGGAGGAGUCAAAGUGAAUGCACUGCCGGAGACUGCCAAAGCAAUCGUCAACCACCGAAUCAAUAUUGGAGAACAGCCGGAGACUGUGUUCCAUCAUUUGACUCACCUCGCUCGUCCCAUUGCGAAGAAAUACAACCUUACCCUGCAUGCAUUUGAUGAUCAGUCGGAAGCGUAUAACUCAAUUUCGCUGUCGAGCAACCAGCCGCUUCGUGUGGCUCCUGUUACGCCCACGAACACUGACGUUAACACGCCCUUCAAGGUUCUCGCUGGUACCGUACGAGCAACAUUUGGCGAAGAUGUCAUUGUCACACCUUUCUACAUGACUGGAAAUACCGACACUCGUCAUGUAUGGCCUCUAACGAAACAUAUCUUUCGGUUCGGCCCAGGUUACAUCAAGGAAGAUGACUUCGGGCUUGGCAACAUUCACACUGUCGAUGAACACAUUUCAAUCACCAACCACCUGAAAUUGGUCAAGUUCUACACGCUGUUCAUCCGCAACAUGGAUGAAGCGGACCUUGAUUCUCAUGUCUAACGUUGGUCUGAUUAACUUGGAGAGAAACCGAACACGUGUUGAUGACCAAGUGCAGUGCAUACUUGAUCAUUGUUGUUGUACCUCUGGGUUCAGCCGUAAUCAGCUUCAAAGUCUUAUGCCUCGAUCUCCCGCGCAAUGGACUUCUCGUGUCGCUGGCCUAGCUUAUCAGACCACCAGUUUAUAUCGAUCCUUAGUCCGUCUAAAGCACAGGUGUGAUCUGGCUCAUGUCGAGGCGAUUGCUCGCCCGCGAAAAUGCUGUAGAGUCUGGUUGCAAAAUUCCAAUGUAAAGAAAUUUGAAAGCUACCCCAUUGUAUAACGCAUCUCCGCAAGGUUCGAGAUGACGUUCAGCUGGAGCUGCUGGAAGAUCAGAGAUUAGAGCAUGCUCACGUAAAGCAAACCUUGAAUGGACGAGCUAGACCCGCGCACCUCACCUCAUCGUUUGACACUCCUCGUGAUUUCAAUUUGCAGGUGCUUCACGAGCCAAUUUCGC